AUGACCUCCAUGUUUGAGCGUUACGUCAAGAAUUUGCUCAAAGAGGUGGGGAGGGAAGAUCUGAAGCCCGUCAGAAGCCUGAGCAGUGCCACCAAAUUUCAACAGUUUAUUAUGAUACGGAAGAAGAAGGGCAACUUUUUCUCACAGUUUUGGAAACAACCUGACAUUCCAACCGAAUUCUCCCUUAUGGACAUCCUGGAGCCAAGUUCUUCAAUCCCAGAAACUGUCUCGACAGAACCAUUCCUCUUCAAUAUCGCUGAGGUCCAGAAGCAGAAGGGUGGUGUGGAUGUGAAGGUGAACGUUGGGCUAGAAAUGAGCGUGUCGGGGAACGCUACUGAGUUCCAAGAAUCCUCCCUCGAGUUUCAGUUUGUCCUAAGGGGAAGUGUAAUCCAGAGCAAGGAAAGAAGGUGUUCCUUUCCCAGCUCUUACCCUUCUUUACCUUCCUUAUAUCCCAGGGAAACACUGGAGAAAGAGCCAGCGUUUCUGAAGGAGUGCCGUGACAAAAGGGAGAACUUAUACGUGGUCACAGAGAUCAUGAAACUGACCAAGAAUACUACGCUGAACAAAAUGGGCCAUGUGAGCAGUGGGGGCAAGUUCUCCACCCCUUGGAAUCCAUACGUCAAGUCUGGAUAUGGUUUCUUUCCUCAGGGUCAAGUCCAGGGAGAAGGUCUGAACGUGAGAAAGAAGACGCUGACUCUACCCAAAGGCAUGGUGAUGGCCUAUCAGAGGAAGCAGCUGGUUCUCAAGGAAGAUGCCAUUCUUCACAUCUCAGACGAUGAUGAGCAGAACACCUUUCAAGAUGAUUUCAAUCAUCUACAAGAGGAGAUCUCCCGGGAAAUGGAGGCACUGGCCAGCUUCCCAAAGGACCUUCGGGACACGAUGUUCCACAAUAUUCUGGCCAUGCUCGGGGACAGAGGAGCUUUGCAGCAUCUGAUGGACAUGCUGGAAGAGAACCCUUCUGGUCAUUUGGAUGGCCCUGGUGGCACCAUUCUAGAUGAACUGAGGAAGAACACUGAAGAUCCGUGGGUCAGCCCAAAGUACCACAUCCUUUACAUUCUUGGAGCCAUAAUGGUGCUGAGUGACACCCAACAUGAUCUGCUGGCCCAGUCUAUGAAGAUGAGGAUCCUGGCCCAGCAGAGGGAGCUGGUGAGGAGCAUCCUGGAGCCAAACUUCAAAUAUCCCUGGAGCAUUCCCUUCACCCUCAAACCUGAGCUCCUCGCCCUGCUCCAGGAUGAGGGUGUGGCCAUCACCUUCGGCCUGCUAGAUGAGUGCGGCCUGAUGAUGGAGCCCAAUAUCCCCAGGUCGACCUGGGAUUUAGAAGCCAAGGGGCCUCUCUCUGCCCUCUACGCAACCCUUUCAGUGCUGCAGCAGCUGGCUGACCCCUAA